AUGAAAGGUCAACGAUCGCUACAUAUUAUUGUCAUUGCUUUCAUUUGCGCGUUUGUUCUAUGUCACCCCGUUAAUGCUAUUAAGGAGACAGGAAGAACAACUUUGGUAGGUAGCGCUUUGUCAAAUGGUGGCAGGUCCACAGACGAUGAUGGAAAGUGCCCGCCUUGCUUCAACUGCAUGCUGCCGAUUUUUGAAUGUAAACAUUUUUCCGAUUGUAAUCCGAAUACGGGGAGAUGCGAGUGCCUAGAGGGGUUUGCAGGUGACGAUUGUUCGAUCCCAGUUUGUGGAGGUCUUUCGGAUGAUAAUAGCAGAAGACCACAACGUUCUAAUGAGACCAAUACUUGCGAUUGUAAACCCGGAUGGGGUGGUAUUAACUGUAACGUGUGUGAGGAAGAUUUCGUUUGUGAUGCGUUUAUGCCCGACAAGGAUUGGAAAGGUACCUGCUAUAAGAAUGGGAUGAUCGUCAACAAGCUUUACCAAGGCUGUAACGUUACGAACGAAAAAAUCUUGCAAAUUUUGAAGGGACAGAUACCGCAGGUCACCUUUUUCUGCGACAGGAAGAAGAAAGCUUGUAACUUCCAGUUUUGGAUAGACGAGUUGGAGAGUUUUUACUGCGGACUGGACAACUGUUCGUUCAGUUACGAUUUGCAGAGUAAUUCUUCCCACUAUCAGUGUGAAGAUGUUAAGUGCAGAUGUAUUCCGGAUGCAAUGCUGUGUGGUGCCCACGGUUCUAUUGACAUAUCUGAAUUUCUGAGCGAGACCAUCAAAGGCCCGGGGGACUUUAGUUGCGAUCUACAGACAAAGGAUUGUAGAUUCACGGAACCCUCGAUGAAUGAAUUGAUCGAAACUAUUUUUGGGGACCCGUACAUUACUCUACGCUGCGAAUCAGGUGAAUGUUUGCAUUACAGCGAGAUCCCUGGCUAUGAACCACCAUCCAAGGACGUUGUCAUGUCCUGGCGUGCAAAAAUAAUACUAAGCUUGACUUCUGUCUCGUUGUUGGGCCUGAUCACAUUCGUGUCUUUCUAUAUCUCCAAAUCUCCUCUUUUUAAGAAUGGUACUAUCCAUCUAGUUGAGGAUGGUUCGAAUGAUGAAAGCUUUUUGAAGUCGGACAAGGUCGCAACGCUGAGUUUUGAAAAUAUUGCAUAUGGCAUCAACAACUCUAAGGGGUAUGAGGAGAUUCUGAAUGGUAUCAGUGGCGCUGUGAAACCAGGUGAAAUAAUGGCGCUCCUUGGUGGUUCGGGCGCUGGUAAAACUACCUUGCUGGACAUUUUAGCAAUGAAAAGAAAGACGGGCCAGGUAAAAGGCAGUAUCAGAGUUAAUGGAUCCGAUAUCUCGCGCAAGGAUUACAGCAAAUUGAUCGGAUUUGUUGAUCAAGAUGAUUACCUGUUACCAACUUUAACAGUUUACGAAACAGUUCUAAAUAGUGCUCUGCUUCGUUUGCCCAGAGCACUUUCCUUUGCUGCUAAGCAGUCGAGAGUCUAUCAGGUGCUAGAGGAGUUGAGAAUUUUCCAUAUUAAGGAUCGUGUAAUUGGGAAUGAUUUCGAAAGAGGCAUCAGCGGAGGAGAAAAGAGACGUGUCUCCAUCGCUUGCGAAUUGGUUACUAGUCCAUUAGUACUUUUCUUAGAUGAGCCGACUUCUGGUCUCGAUGCUAAUAAUGCCAACAAUGUGGUGGAAUGCUUGGUCAGAUUGGCCAAGACCUACAACAGAACCCUAGUGCUAUCGAUCCAUCAACCGAGAUCGAAUAUCUUUCACUUAUUUGACAAAUUGAUUCUAUUAAGCAGUGGGGAGAUGGUCUACUCCGGGGAAGCGAUUCGGGUAAGUGAAUUCUUGAGGAAUAAUGGUUAUCAAUGCCCAUCAGACUACAAUAUAGCAGAUUACCUGAUAGACAUAACAUUUGAAUCUGAGGGGAGGAAAAAGAAGCCAGACGUGAGCUCAUCGAAUGAAGACGUGGAAAUUUCGGCCGGGCUCUUCAGCCCGUCCUCUAAGAAUAAUGGUCUGCAUGCGGCCCUGGAUGACAGAAAUGCAUCAGUAGGUUCUUUCAAUCAACGUGAGUGGGAGCAUCUAGCAGGGCACCGAGAUGAGAUUAGGAACCUUCUAGCAGAAAGUGUGGACCCUCAAGGCGAAACUCUCGGCUCCAUGAAUACGAAACUUCUCAACAUUAGGUUCAAGGAAGGUCCGUACUAUGCCGAACUUAAGCAGGAGAUCGACACGAUAGAUGCCAAUCAUCAAGAGACCUCAAUCGAGUUACCCUCUACCCUAAAAGCGGCAUCAUUCUUCCAGCAAUUGUCGAUUCUAUGUUCAAGAUCGUUCAAGAACAUUUACAGAAAUCCAAAGUUGUUACUAGCAAACUACCUGCUGACUAUAGUACUUGGUUUGUUUUUGGGGACCCUCUACUACGAUGUAUCGAACGAUAUCAGUGGCUUCCAGAACAGGAUGGGGCUUUUCUUCUUCAUUUUGACGUAUUUUGGGUUUGUCACUUUCACCGGUUUGAGCUCUUUCGCGAUGGAAAGGAUCAUUUUUAUCAAGGAACGGUCCAAUAACUAUUACAGCCCUGCGGCCUAUUUCAUCAGUAAGGUCUUGAGUGACGUUCUACCUUUGAGAGUUGUCCCACCAGUUUUACUGGCUUUAGUGGUUUAUCCUCUGGUGGGUCUCAAUAUGAAAGGUCAGGCUUUUCUCAUCUUCAUCGGAGUCCUUGUUAUGUUCAAUUUGGGUAUAUCACUGGAAAUUUUGGCUAUCGGGAUUAUCUUCGAGGAUUUGAACAACUCGAUUAUUUUUAGCGUCCUUAUUUUAUUGGGAUCACUGUUGUUCAGUGGUCUAUUCAUCAACACGAAAGAUAUCACCAACAUGGCAUUCAAGUACUUGAAGAAUCUCUCGCUAUUCUACUAUGCCUACGAAUCGCUAUUGAUCAAUGAAGUGAAGAAUUUAACAUUGAGAGAGACAAAGUAUGGUCUGAAAAUUGAGGUUCCCGGUGCCACUAUUUUGAGCACUUUCGGUUUCGUUGUUCAGAAUAUGAUACUCGACGUUAAAAUAUUGUGUCUGUUCAACGUUGUGUUCCUUUUGAUAGGCUACUUGGCUUUAAAACUCAUCGUCGUGGAGCAGAAGUAG